UGCGCCGGAUCCGGGAGAGGGGCGGGCGCCAUUGUGCUUUGCUGCGGUCUGCUCUGCCUCAGUCCUAGAACUUCGUGGAGGAAGGCGGCGGCGUGAUCGCUGCGAGCGGGACGCUCCUUGUUCAGUGCCUGCUCCAGAGCACAGGUGAAGAAAUUCAGCGUUAGAGUGAGGAAGCCUAGAGUCACACCAGGAAAAUUUAAGAAUGGAGUCUAAACCUUCAAGGAUUCCAGGAAGAAUUUCUGUUCAGCCCUCUAGCUCUUUAAGUGCUAGGAUGAUGUCUGGAAGCAGAGGAAGUAGUUUAAAUGACACCUAUCAUUCGAGAGACUCUUCAUUUAGACUGGAUUCUGAAUAUCAGUCUACAUCUGCAUCAGCAUCUGCAUCUCCAUUUCAGUCUACAUGGUAUAGUGAAUCUGAGAUAACUCAGGGAGCACGCUCAAGAUCACAAAACCAGCAACGGGAUCAUGAUUCAAAAAGGCCUAAACUUUCCUGUACAAACUGUACAUCUACCUCAGCUGGGAGAAAUGUUGGACAUGGUUUAAGUGCAGUAUCAGAUUCUUCUUGGAGACAUAAUCAAGUUCCCAGAUCUUCAUCAAUGGUACUUGGAUCUUUUGGAUCUGACUUAAUGAGAGAGAGGAGAGAUUUAGAGAGGAGAGCAGAUUCCUCCAUUAGUAAUCUUAUGGAUUAUAGUCACCGAAGUGGUGAUUUCACAACUUCAUCAUAUGUUCAAGACAGAGUUCCUUCUUCAUAUUCACAGGGAGCAAGACCAAAAGAGAACUCAGUGAGCACUUUACAAUUGAAUACAUCAUCCACAAAUCACCAAAUGCCUUCUGAACAUCAGACCAUAUCAUGUUCUAGGGACUCUAGUAGAAAUUCUUUAAGGUCAAAUUUUUCUCCAAGAGAAUUGGAAUCUCCCCAAAGCAGUGCACAGCCUGGAUUUUCUUAUAUUUCAAAUAGAGAUGAAACCUCAACUAUAAGCAAUUCAGAUAGGGUUGGUUCAUCUCAAAGAUCAUUUCAAGAUUCUUCUGACAAUGAAGGUAGACGUACGACCAGGAGAUUGCUGUCACGUAUAGCUUCUAGUAUGUCAUCUACUUUUUUUUCACGAAGGUCUAGUCAAGAAUCCUUAAGUACAAGAUCAUUGAGUUCUGAAAAUUCUUAUAUUUCUCCAAGAAUCUUGACAGCUUCACAGUCUCGUAACGCAGCAUCAACUUCUGACGUUCCCGAUAACAGGGCAUCUGAAGCCUCUCAGGGAUUUCGAUUUCUUAGGCGUAGAUGGGGUUUGUCAUCUCUCAGCCAGAAUCAUAACUCUGAGCCAGAUUCAGAAAAUUUUAACCAAGAAUCCGAAGGUAGAAAUACAGGACCGUGGUUGUCUUCCUCACUUAGAAAUAGAUGCACACCUUUGUUCUCUAGAAGGAGACGAGAGGGACGAGAUGAAUCUUCAAGGAUACCUACCUCUGAUAUACCAUCUAGAUCUCAUCAUAUUUUUAGAAGAGAAUCAAAUGAAGUGGUUCACCUUGAAGCACAGAGUGAUCCCCUUGGGGCUGCCAACAGACCACAAGCACCUGCAGCAUCAAGUAGUGCUGCUACAGGUGGCUCCACAUCUGAAUCCGUUCAUAGUGGAAGAAAUACAGGAAUAACAGGGUUUCUUCCUGGUUCCUUAUUCCGAUUUGCAGUCCCCCCAACACUUGGAAAUAAUUUGACCGACAAUGUCAUGAUCACUGUAGAUAUCAUUCCUUCAGGUUGGAGUUCAUCUGAUGGAAAAAGUGAUAAAACUAAAAGUGUACCUUCAAGAGAUCCAGAAAGACUGCAGAAAAUAAAAGAGAGCCUUCUUUUAGAGGACUCUGAAGAAGAAGAAGGUGAUUUAUGUCGAAUUUGUCAAAUGGCAGCUGCAUCAUCAUCUAACUUGCUGAUAGAGCCAUGCAAGUGCACAGGAAGUUUACAGUAUGUCCACCAAGAGUGUAUGAAAAAGUGGUUACAGGCCAAAAUUAACUCUGGUUCUUCAUUAGAGGCUGUAACCACCUGUGAACUCUGUAAAGAGAAGUUGCAGCUUAACCUGGAGGAUUUUGAUAUUCAUGAACUACAUAGAGCUCAUGCAAAUGAACAAGCUGAGUAUGAGUUUAUCAGCUCUGGUCUCUACCUAGUUGUGUUACUGCACUUGUGCGAACAAAGCUUUUCUGAUAUGAUGGGAAAUACAAAUGAACCAAGUACACGUGUCCGAUUUAUUAACCUUGCAAGAACUCUUCAGGCACAUAUGGAAGAUCUCGAAAGUGCUCAUGGACCUUUAAUAGGCAGCCAGCUCCACCAGCAGCUCCAAUUUCUUAAAGUCACAUUCCAGGACUUCUGCCUGGGCACCUAUAUGAAGGCACUUAAUGCCCAAAUCUUUACAGGCAUCUGCACAGCUUACCCUCUUUUUAAAGUCCUACAACCUCCAGGGUGCUUCAUACCAGGUGGGCACAGAUAUGAGUGGCUUUGGAACAGUUCCUGGGAAUCCAAGAUUACCCUGUUUAGUACUUUUUCAACCAAAGCAAGUGGCUCCCCAUGAUCAGAUUCCAAUACACUUCUUUGAAGUGUUUUAAAAUAUGUAUUCUCCAUUUAGUUAGCUUCUAUACUCAUCUUCAAAAUACUUGAAAUGUUAUCUGUAGUGUGCAUAACUUUUACUUUUAGAGAAAGCUCAGCAUCUUUGGAGUAAGGUUUGAGAAGGAAUUAGUCCUUAUAAGAACCGUUUAAUUCCUGAUUAUUCUAAGACAUGGAUUUUUGUCGUUCUGUGCUAUUUUUAAAUUUUAAAAGGAUUGGAAAUAUAACCAGGUAAUGCAUUUUUAGAAUUUUAGUAUGUUUAAAAAAGAUAUAUAAAGGGGUCAAAUGGUAUAUAAAAUGAGAAUUCAUUUGGUAUAAAUCUUUUUUUCCUAUAUACCUUCUUAGUUUAGAUCUCUUAUGUUGUCUAAAAGAUCUCUGUUUUGGUAAAUUAUAAUUUAUACUUUGUCAGAUAUGAUUAGUUUGUUUCAGUGUACAUUUCCCCCCGAUUGUUGUGGUUUUUCUUUUUUGAAAAACAUUCUCAUUUAAAAUUUAGUUUUCUAAACAUAGCCUUGUCUACUCCCAACCUGUGAGAGAGAGGAACACGAUGGAGGUGAAAUAUACCCAGACUCAGCUGAGAGUGAAAGAUGUUGCAGGUGCUUCAAGUUAACUCCCAAAUACCAGAGUAUUAAUGUAUUCUGAUAAUUGGUUCUGAGUGAAUUUUCUUUGUGGUAUAAAUUGAAUAGGAAACAUGAGUUCUCUGUAAAGCUAUUUUAUUUUUUAGUUUGAUACACUUCUUGAUAACAGCUUAAAACUAAACCAUAGGAUUUACUCAUUCAUGAGCUAAUAAGCAUGUUUGAUAUUAUUUACUAAAAAUGAAUUUAAGUUCUGCAAGAAAAACAGACUGAAGUAUCAAAAUAGUUUCAUCUAGUCACAUAUAGCAUAAUUUUCUUGUUGAUUCCACUUGGUGGGAGCUCUUAAAUUGUUCAGUAUCAACAAGAGUAUAAUUUAACCUUUCUCCCCUUGAUAAUAUGGGAAUGCUGGUUAGAUGUCUAAUAUAGUGAACGUGCACGUUCCUCAACAUGCACAGCAGUUUACAGAAUACAUAGUUUUAUACUUACUGUGUCCUUCCUAAAGAUAUUUUAAGAUGUUUUAUAUUAAACUCUUGAGCUACUAAUGACCCUAAAAUAAAUUGAGGUCAGAAAUGUUGCAAAAAUGAUUUUUAUGACACUGUGGAGGCAUAGGAAUAAUCUCAACAGAAGGUUUUUACUAAAUCCAAUUAUUUUAGCUUAGGCUAUGUCUAUAUAAAGCUUUUUUGACUAAGUAGAGCUUUUUCUUGGCAUUGUAUAGACAUAGCUUUGAUAUAAUUUGCAAGAACACUUACAAACUAUUCAAUGUACUUUUUUUUGUCGUUCUCAUCAGAUGCAUAAAAAUAUACAGUGGUAAUAAUAACCCAGAUUCUACUCAGGUGUGCGAGAGCACUUGCCUUAAAUUCACUUUUUCUCCAGUGUAUAUAUUAUUGUAUACAAUACGAAUUGGUCUCAGAAACUUUAGAUGUUCUUGAGGCAUAUUUUUAAACAUUUUCAUUUCUAUAAAAACGAAAAGAUGGGUGGGGCGUUGUGGAUGAGCAUCACCCACAGUCGAACCACCCUGACCCUGUCAUAACUUGUCAUUUUGAUCGAACAGUAUACUAAGUUGGGAUUUUAUUUUACAAGUCAUUGCAGUUCUGGCUUCAUAGUUACACUUCCAUUCUCGUCCCCCUUAAAAUCAUUCUUGAUCAUCCUGUUUUCUUU